AUGGAUCAACCUCAAGAACUUCUCCAGAACAUCACCGUCUGCCUCUGUUCUUUCUCCGACUCUCCAGACACACAAGCCCUCUUCUCCUAUGCCACCAAAGACCAAGACAAGGAAAUCCUGAUCGAGACGGUUAAAAGCCAGGAUGGCUCUUCGUGGUACACGGUCUACAUAGGCGGUGUGUCUCGGCACUUCCGAGUCCCAGAUUUCUACCAAGAGUGGCAGAAGAUCUGCAUCAACUGGGCAUCUGAGACGGGGGUCCUCGCCUUUCAGUUCAAUGGAAAAACGUUGCCCAGGAAGGUGGUACGUCAAGGCUACUUCAUCAAACCGCAUGCUUUGGUCCAGCUUGGCCGAGCCCACCACGAGGAGAUCUUCUUCCACGGAGAGAUCCAGCAAGUGUACAUGUGGAAUUCUACCGACAGUGUCCACGAUCCACCCAUGAUCGAAUGGUCCAACCUGAGCUAUGAAACUCAAGGCAACGUGGUGCUGGAUCGCCUUCCCUGGCCACGAUAUACCUGUUAG